UUCCCGCUGCGAAUGUCAUUUUCUACCCUUUCAGUGCAAAGUCCUCUCUGAUCCAAGCAUUUAGAAGACUUGCAUCUACGCCCUCCAACUUGAUUUUAUGGGACUUUGCCUACAACUUCAAAUUACUCUUGAAAGAGCAGAAAGACAAGGACAGCUUGGCUAGCUUUUUAUUCUGCUUUAGAUGCAAGUCUUUGCUGUGAUGCCGAAAAAGAUGACUUCAAAUUUUGCCAACUGCCUUUUGAUCACAUGGUACAUUUUUCUUCUAAUUAACCAAGUUUGCAGUCGAGAACAAAAUGAAGUUGAAGUUGCUGAAGUAGUAGCUGCUAUGAAAGAUGCCUGCGAAACUUUGCCUUCUACCAUUCAGGUAACCAAAGAAGAAUAUGAUGACCUUGGAAAUGUAGUCAGAUCUUGUGAAGGUACCAUUGGGGUAACCAAAUGCGAAGGUACGUGCACUUCACAGAUACAACCAAGUGUUGUGACCCCUACUGGAUUUUUAAAGGAUUGCCACUGUUGCAGGGAAACAUGGAUGAGACAGCGAGAAAUUCUUCUGACAGACUGCUAUACACAGGACGGUAAGAGGAUUUUUGGACAACAAGGAACGAUGGUCAUUCAUUUGAAAGAACCUGAAGCUUGUGCCUGUCACAAAUGCGGACUUUAAAGAGUACAAAAGGGAUAACUCUAUAAAGAAUGACUCAUUAGUAAUGCUUCGUUUGUGUUUCUGUAUCAUCCUACAAAAUUUAUGAUUUCUUUAAAACUAAAAUAAGAAUUUUCCUCCGUUUUGAGCAUUUCUUUUCUAAUUUGAUUUAAAAGUGAUUAUUU